GAGGAUGAUAAGAGGUCCGCCAGUACGAAACGUUUUGCGGCGAAGUUCGCUUCGUAACGCAUUUCUUCUCUUUCCAUCGCGCACUCCCUUCGUAUUUCUCUUCUUCUCCGUGGCUGUGAUCAAUCGCGAGUUUCGUAAUUCCAUUAUUACGACGUAAUAAGUUCGACGAUUUAUAGUGUUAAAGUUUAUCAGUUACGUCAUUCUUCGAUCGAAGAGAAGAUAUCGAUCAGGGAUCGAUCGGAUUGCGAAUUGUAAAUUGUAAAUUUUUUCCGCCUUUAAAGUUUCGCGAAAGACUUCCGGCAGGCCGGACGUGGGUCGAGGAGUUGGGAGAGAGGAAGUAGUCACGCGAUAUACCGGUAUAAUAGAUAUUUUGUUCACGGGGAUAGAACGAUAGAGUCGGAAAGAUGUGAUCGAGGGGCCGUGAAUCGUAGAUCGUCGCGUUCACGCGGGCGGAACAGUGGAAACGCGGCCGAAUUUCGGAAAUUGAAAUGAACUGGUGGUGCGAAUGAUUAUCGACGCGAGUGCAUUGUGCAGGGGUUGAUAAAGAGUGAGAGUGAGAGAGAAAAAAAGAAAAGAAAAGAAAAGAAAAGAAAAGAAAGAGGAAAAAAGAAAGGGAGUUCCUGUACGCGCGGACAGGCACGCCUGUGAAACGAAACGAAGAUAGGCGGCUCGGUGUUGCUUGAGAUGGACUCGGUGGCGGUGACAGUGCCGCUUCGUCAACCGACGAAGAAGAUGAAGAAACGGAAGGAGCUCGACGCCCUGGCGCCUCCGCACACUGUCUCACGCCGAAGUUCCGGGAAACGUAGCUCUCAAGAGUUACUAUCAGAUAGCAGCGAUGAACGAUCGGAAUACUGGAAUAUAUCGACUAGAAAUGGCCGCAAAUGCAGAGGCAGGCGAAGUCGAGCUUGCCCCGGAUUUUUUAAAGCUUGUAGUGCCUUUUUGGCUUGUGCCUCUGUAUUAGCAACCGCUAGUUUAAUUUGGCUGUUCAUCGACGUUCGUCAGCAACUCACUGCUCUACGGACCGAACUGGACCAAGUUAUUGCUGGUAGCGAAGGUGUUCCUGACGCUCUGCAAAAAUGUCACUCUCUGUCGAGAGAUCUUCAAAACAAUCAGACCACUAUUUUCACGCAUUUAUCAGAUCUCAAGCUUCAAAUCAACAAUUUUACGACGCAGUUAGCAGUCAUUCAACGCGAUUUGCAUCGAGUAGAAGAAUGGUUUAAAGCUGAUCCAACAUUAAUCAACGUGCCAACAGAUUUAAAAGCCCUUUCUAGUAGUGUGAUGUCUUUUGGAAGCCAAAUAGAAGAUCUGCGUGCCACAGUAAAAACUCUUAAAGAAUCUAAUGCUAGGGUACAAGAUGUUCAAACCACUAUGCAACAAAAUAUUACCAGUAUCAAGAAUACGAUUACAGAUUUGUCAAAUAUUACACAAAAACCUCAGAUACUGACCACAAAUGAGACAAAAAUAAAGACUGAUCAGUUGAACGCGGCAAUCGUACAUUUAUCUGAUAAUUUGAUGAACAUAAAUGAAACGCUAUCGAGAUCGGUACAAUGGGUGGCGGAGGAUCAGAAGAAAGACCAUGAAACGUUAGUAUUACUUCAGGAGACUACACAGAAUGUUAGCAUGAAAGUGAUAUCCUUGGAGAGAGAGUGUGUGAAGACUACUAUAUUAACUACUGUUAUGAAACUGAACGAUGAAGUAAAUGGAAUUCUCACAGCUAAUAUUGAUCUUAGAGAAAAAGUAAAACAGUUAGAGCAAUCUUACGAUAGUUUAAAAAAUUCCACAAACUUGAUGCUAGCUGCUAUACCGGAUAUCCAAAGUCAAAGAUUAGAUAUUAAAACAAAAACUUUCGAAGAGUCAAUUGGUAACGACGCAACUACGGAAAAAGAUCAUCGUUUAGUCCUAGAUGAAACAUCUAUAAAAAAGGCUGCAUCAGAUAAAUCGAAACGUUCAAGAAUGAACCCGUAAUGUAUUUCUAGAAAAAUUUAUAAUGCGAGAAUGUAUGGGCGAACUUUUACUUUGUAAAAUAGCAAAAAAAAAUGUACUUUGUUUUUCGGGGAAGAGCGCAAGGAGAUAUUGUGCGUGUGUAUCUUGUAAAUAUUAAAUAUAUUAAGUAUGUUGAGAAAUUCCCCGUGUAUACACUGAUGUUCUACAUAAGUAUCGCUUCAAUUUUUCAUUUGCAUUUAUUUAAGAAAAAGUUUUUUUUCUUAAAUAAUUACAAAUAUUUGAAAAAAUAUGACAACAAUUGCAAGGGACAUUUGGUAUAAAGAGGUAAAUUUAUGAUCUGAAUUAUGUGAUCUUUUUUUUGUCCCUAUUUGUGCACAGAAUAGUUUGCAAGAAUUUUUAAGUGGAUUAUUCUAUUAUCAAAAAAAUUGAAAAACAUUAAAAAUUGAACAUGAUUUAGAUGAUUUAGAAAAAGCUAUUCAUAAACAAGCAAUAAAAUAUGUUGAACCGUCUAAUAUCAUCAAGAUAUUUAAAAGUAUAUUUCAAUUAUGAUAAAUGCCAAUUUUUAGAAAAUGCUAUGGCCUGUAUGCGGCUAUCUGAAUUUAUUCAGAUAUACCAUCGAAAAAGUACAAAGAGUGUUUACACUUGUUCUUGCAUUAAAAAAUAUAAA